AGUUGACCCAACAGACCCUUGCGCACUCACAGAAAAGCAAAGACAAUUCAUCGAAAAGUCCUGCGUCCGAACAUCAUCCGUUUGCUUGUACAUAACUCGCACUCGCCUUUAGGCAUCUUCUCUUUUCAUUCAUCCUCCGUGUUGAGAGACAUCAACUAUGCCCCACUCCACGUCACAGUCUUUGAAGCUCCUAAGCAAAAACCUCUCACAGAUCGCGUCCCAGUCGGGUCGUGCAACUGUCAGAGUUCCGACUUAUGAUCGCUCUUCGGUCAAGGAAGGAGUCGUUCACAUCGGUGUCGGCGGCUUCCACAGAGCUCACCUGGCCGUCUAUCUCCACAACUUGAUGGAGAAGCAUGGCGUCCGCGACUUUGCUAUCGCCGGUGUCGGUCUUCAGCCCUUCGACGCUUCCAUGCGCGACAUCCUGAAGAAGCAGGACCACCUCUACACUGUCAUCGAGCGCGGCGCCGACGGCAGCUCCGCCAACGUCAAUGGCGCCAUCACCUCGUUCCUCUUUGCGCCCGACAACCGCCAGGCUGUCAUCGACAAGAUGGCCCACCCCGACACCAAGAUCGUUUCCAUGACCAUCACCGAAUCCGGCUACUACUACAACGAGAACACCCACGAGCUCCAGGCUGAGCACCCCGACAUCCAGCACGAUCUCAAGAACCAGAACUCGCCCAAGACCACCUUCGGCUUCCUCUACGCUGCCAUGAACAGACGCCACCAGCUCGGUCUCAACCCCUUCACCGUCCUCUCCUGCGACAACAUGCAGAAGAACGGCUCCAUCACUCGUCACAUGCUCGUUUCCUUCGCCAGACUCGCCAACCCCGAAGUCGCCAACUGGAUCUCCGAGAAGGGUGCCUUCCCCAACUCCAUGGUCGACCGUAUCACUCCCCGCACCGAAAAGACCGACAUCACCGCCCUUGCCGAAGACUUUGGUAUUGAAGAUGAAUGGCCCGUUGUCACUGAGCCCUUCAUGCAAUGGGUCGUUGAGGACAAGUUCUGUGAUGGCCGCCCUCCCUUCGAGAAGGUCGGCGUCCAGGUCGUCAAGGAUGUCCACGAUGUUGAACAAUUCGAAAUGCACAAGCUUCGCCUUCUCAACGGUUCUCACUCUGCUCUCGGCUACGGCGGUCAGCUCGCUGGCUUCAAGUACAUCCACGAGGUCAUCAACCACCCUGUCUACCGCAGGUUCGUCGAGCAGAUGAUGCACAAGGAAGUCAAGCCCCUUCUCCCUGCCAUUCCCGGUGUCGACAUUGACCAGUACUGCAACACCCUUAUGGAGCGCUUCUCCAACCCCACCAUCAUGGACCAGCUUCCCCGUAUCUGCCUGGGUGCUUCCGGCAAGAUUCCUCAGUUCAUCAUGCCCUCAAUCGCCGAGCAGAUCUGGGACAAGCACGACUUCCGCCGUCUCUGUUUCGUCGCCGCUGCCUGGUUCCGCUACAUCAACGGUGUCGACGAUGCCGGCAACAAGUUCGAGGUCGACGACCCCAUGGUCAAGGAGCUCCAGGCCAAGGCCAAGGCUGGUGGCACCAAGCCCCACGAGCUCCUCAGCAUCAAGUCCCUCUUCGGUGACGACUUGCGCAAGGACGAGAAGUUCAUCAAGGAGAUCACCACCGCCAUGGAGCUCAUCGCCAAGGACGGUAUCAUGGCCACUCUCCCCAAGUACAUUGACUAAAUGACCCAGUUUCUCGACGAGACUGCCGGUCGGUCUUGUCAUUGAACUCAACAUCAAGAAAGAGAAGAACGUUACAACUCCCUUUUAUACUCCUUCUCAUUGCGUGUAUCGCAUGAGAGUGCCGCGAGCCAGCUCUGAGAUAUGAUAUACCCCCGAGCUCGCGGGUCCGGAACAAAAGGAAGGCACGUAGGAUAGCCACGGACCACGGGUCCAAAGAAGUUAGAAGAUUCACAGCAUAAUGAAGCGAUUUUCCAAGUUCAAUCACGUUUCUUUCUUCCCAUACCGUGAUGUUUGCUUGUCCGUGGCUCAAGUGUUGCUCAAGGUGUAAGCGCAAACAUUCUAUUUCUGGACACGGAUGUAAAAUUUUGUUAUCCCCGAAGCUGCGUCCUCGGAGCUGUGCUUGUGCCU